GGUUGAAAGAAUUUUUAACUGUAAAAGAAAUAAUCUGUGAUAAAAAUUCAGCAUAUUUUAAGAUAUAUUCAAGUGCAUAUAUUAAAUCAACAGAUAUAAUUCAAACAUCAGAAGUUAUUAUGCAAAUGAAUGGUUUAGCGACGUUGCAAUUUCUUCCAAUGAAGAAACUAUAUGGUAUGGAAAG